CCGCAACAUCGAGUAGUCGCCGCUUGACCAGUGCAGCACGCGUGGCACGUGACAUAUCAUACUGAAUUACAGCGUAAUUGAUACGAAUCCUCGAUAAGCGAGGCCCCAUCGUGUCAGUCCGCAAUAGUUGCUCGCGCAGUGGAGCCUCCGGCCGUCCCGUUUCUCUUCCUCGCUCUGCCACUGCGAAUGCACAGCUCCAGAUUACUGCCAUUCGUAUGUCAAAACAAUUUACAAUCAGGCUCUAUUCGCGCAUACGGUGAAGCGAACAUGGCACUGUUCCGUGGUCUGUUCGAUUUCUUUCUGAACGACAACAAAGUAGACGAGAAGCUCGGUCUGACCGAGAAGCAAAAGAGACUGGUGCAGAACACAUGGGCGAUCGUUCGUAAAGACGAAGUGUCGAUCGGAGUCGCCCUUGUACUCGCCUAUUUCAAACAAUAUCCAGAAGCUCAAAAAGAAUUUAAGGCAUUUAAAGACGUUCCGAUCGACGAACUGUCGAAAAAUAAGAGGUUUCAAGCGCACUGUGCCAAUAUCGUAGCGACGAUUGGCAAAGUGAUUGAACAAAUGCAUGAUCCAGAAUUGAUGGAGGCGAGCGUGAUUAAUUUUACCGAGAAACACAAGAAUCGCGGGCAAACACAGAAGCAGUUUGAGAAUUUGAAACAGAUGAUGCUAGACGUUUUUCCUUCCGUAUUCGGGAAGCAAUACACGCCAGAAGUGCAGGAGGCUUGGAAAAAAAUGUUGGACUUGAUCUAUUCAAAAAUCUAUCAGACUCUUAAAGAUUGAGAUGUUCUUGCACAAUUGUGAUUCUUGAAUUAUAUGACACGAAUUAACAUGACACAUAUAAGUAUCUAUUAUUUUUUGAAGAUAACUUUAAUCGAAAAAUUUUAUUAUGACAGUGACAUGUUUUUCGUAAGAUGACAUUUAUGAAACUUAUACAUAUAUAACUAACUUUUUGCACGACAAAGAUUUCUUUUACAGUUAUACUAAUUGACGUUACAAGAAAUGAAGUUUGAGAAAUAAAAUCGAUAUAAUGCAAUAUUAUGAAAUUUGUACAUACAUAUUAUAUAUUUAUUUGGCAAAUAAAAUAUCUUGUUUUAGAUUAGUACAAA